UCUUCCGUUUAACAUUAACGAAGGAGAAUGUGCCACUGCGCCUGCGCGUGCAGGAGCAACCAGGAAGAAAGCGGAUCCGUGGAGUUCAUAGUAUGAUGUGGUCCUAAAUUACAGUGGAACAGGUCAGUUCAACUUCAAGUGUCUUUAUUGUACAGAUGAAUUGAUCUCAUUGCUCAUCCUCAUGAAUAUAACCAUAAAAUUUGUUAAUGGCAUCCUUUAUAUUCUCGCAUUUGAGUGGUUCAAAGCGAACAUGUCACUUCUGCAGAAUUGGCAUAUGUUUACACUUUUAAACAGCAACGAGGUUUCCAUGUUUUGCAGGCUACUUACAACACAUUUCAUGACAAUGAGUUUUGUGAUUUUUCUGACCCUACAUUUUUACUUGUUGAUAGACGAUCAAAUACAUAUGUCAUGCAAUAAAAGGCAACAUAACCAUCUGAUCUUUUAAAUCCAUCCUUCUCCUAUCGAUGGCAGACGUUACGUAAUACACGUAGAGAAGUCAAACCAUCUUUGUGUUAGUCAAAACGGACUUAGAUUCCAUAGCACUAGGUUUCUCACGCAGCAUUUUGGUUUGUGAUGUUACUUGAGAUUUUUGUAAUGUGCCCAGGCACCUUGAAAAUAGGAAAACGGUGUGUUAUGGCAUCCAUCCAUCUGUUUUCCCAUCUGCUUUAUCCUCACAAGGGUCGGCGGGGUGUGCUGGAGCCUAUCCCAGCUGUCUUCGGGCAGUCGGCAGUGGACACCCUGAACCGGUUGCCAGCCAAUUGCAGGUAAUGUAAUGGCAAUACCUUUUGUAGUUUAUUGUUGUUAUUGGUUUUUGAUGAUUAUUUGAGUUAGAAGAAAAUGAACUUUUUUACAAUCAUGACGACACAGCCACAUAACCAAUAUUAAACUGAAAACUGUUUUUUUAUGUGUACAUAGCUUGUUUCCUGUACACCGACAUGGCGUGCUGUCGUUCCUGCCCCUGCCUGUGCUCACGCUCAUCGGUUUACACGCUGGCCUUGGGCUUAAGUUUUGUUACUCUUGGGACAACUCGGAUCCUGCUGCUUAAAUUUGCUGCUAAUGCAGACAACAAAUACGACUUCCUCCCAGCGUCUGUCAACAUGCUGGCGGAGGCGCUCAAACUGCUCUUCUGCCUUGCGAUGUCUAUCAGGGUGUUUAUUCAAGAGGGACGCUCCUGCAGAGAUCUACGAUGCUCUUCGGCCUCUUCGCUCCUCAGCUCUUUGAAAUGGGCUGUCCCCGCAUUCCUCUACUUUCUCGACAACCUCAUCAUUUUCUACGUGAUGACCUACCUGCAGCCUGCCAUGGCAGUCUUGUUCUCCAACUUUGUUAUCCUCACCACAGCCGUUCUCUUCAGACUUGUCCUCAAGAGGCGGCUGUCCUGGGUGCAGUGGGCGGCGUUGGUCAUACUAUUCCUGUCCAUCGUCUCUCUGACGACAGGGUCAGGCGGCGGCCAGAAGUCAUCUAUGUCGGUGCCGGGAGUCCGCUUGAGGCCCAUAUCCACACCGUCCAACUCCUGCCUGCUGUACACACAGCUGCUGGAGCAGAUGAAGAACAGCAGUGCCACCGCCUCGUGGAUGUCGACGUUGCCUGGCCAGGCCUGGCGGGACAGCCUGGUGGAAAAGUUUCGCUCGCUGGGCAUGGGCCACGUCCUGCUCUUGCUGCAGUGCUUCAUCUCAGCCAUGGCCAACAUUUACAAUGAGAAGAUCUUAAAGGAAGGAGACCAGCUCACUGAGAGCAUCUUCAUUCAGAAUAGUAAACUGUACGCCUUUGGUGUGGUGUUUAACGGUCUGACCCUCGUUACUGGGCAAGAGUCCCGAGGCCUCACUGUCCACUGUGGCCUCCUUUAUGGACACAACGUCUACUCUCUAGCCCUGGUGGUCAUCACAGCGACCCUGGGCCUCUCUGUGGCCUUCAUUUUGAAAUUCCGAGACAACAUGUUCCACGUGCUGACGAGCCAGAUCACCACCGUCUUGGUGACCGCCCUCUCGCUCUUCCUCUUCGACUUCCGGCCUUCUCUGGACUUCUUCCUGCAGGCCCCCGUGGUGCUGCUGGCCAUCUUUAUCUAUAACGCCAGCCGGCCGCGGGACCUGGAGUACAGCCUGCAGCAGGAAAAGCUGCGGGUCAUCAACGGGGAGGUGUUAAAGAGGUCCAGAGGGGAUGGCGAAGAGCUGGAGCUGCUGACCAAGGCCAAUACAGACAGCGACUCUGAAGACUCGUCUUUGUAAUACAGAGACGCAGACUGCUUGCAGUGUUCACAAAGGAGGCACAUUGUCCAUGCACAUGCUGUUUGCAAGGUUUAUUCUAUGAUUAUUAUUUUUUGCUGCUGGAAAACGUGGCCUAACGAUGUUGUUGGUGUGUCUGAAACACACAAGAUUGAGGCGUUUGGGGCGUUUGUUUUUUCUGUGGUCAAACCUCAACACACGCUUUCAGUUUGUGCGUGUUGGAAAUAAGUCUUGCUACUGUAUUUUUUUUUCCUCCUUUGGAAACCACCAUCUAUUUUUUUUCUCUCUUCCGUUGCCGGAGGAAGAUUUGUCUGAGUUUCAGUGGCAAAACCGUUUGUCAGGAUAUGAGUAUGGACAGUAUUCAUGGGACUUGGAAGACUUGUUAGGAGGACCAUAAACCUCCUAAAUUGGACUCUUAAAAAGCACAAGGACUUCCUUUCUUUGGUCACAUUGUGAAUAUUUAUAAACUGGGCCAUGUGAGCUUGACAAUAAACAGCACGCCCUUCA